UUCUAUUGGAUUCAAUGCCCUGUUACAGGAUAAUGUUUUGGACAUGCAACCAAGGAGGGUUCAAGAAAAGAUGUUUGAAAUUUGAGGUUUUCUGUUUGCAUGAACUAUUGAUUGUUAGUUUGGAUGAUCUAAAAAAGAUAUGACAAGGGGAAGAGCUGACGUAAAUCCGAAGAAACGGUUAAUCACUUGGAUUAUAGUGUUGGUAUUCUGUUGCGGUUGCUUCUAUGCAUAUACUCGAAGCCGCAGUUCAUUGGCUCUCGAGUAUGGAAGUAAAUCUUUGAGGAAAUUCGGUUCUUCGUACUGGAGUGGGGAGGAUGAUACUAAUACCGAUUCUUCGACUAGAAUUGAAGAAGAUGCCGAUGAUAGCUUCAUUCCAAAGAGUUUCCCUGUUUGUGAUGAUCGACAUUCGGAGAUAAUACCUUGCCUGGACAGGAAUCUUAUAUACCAAACAAGAUUGAAGUUGGAUUUAGCUGUAAUGGAACAUUAUGAAAGACAUUGUCCGUUGCCGGAAAAACGUUACAAUUGUUUGAUUCCUCCUCCACCCGGAUACAGGGUCUCAAUCAAGUGGCCAAAAAGUCGGGAUAAAAUAUGGAAAGCGAAUAUACCACAUACUCAUCUUGCAACCGAAAAAUCCGACCAGAGAUGGAUGGCUGUCAAGGGUGACAAGAUUGUUUUCCCUGGUGGAGGAACUCACUUCCAUUAUGGAGCAGAUAAGUAUCUUGCUUCCAUGGCAAAUAUGUUGAACUUUCCGAAUAACAUUAUGAGCAAUGAGGGAAAUGUCCGAACAGCUUUCGAUGCGGGAUGCGGAGUUGCUAGUUUCGGAGGGUACCUGCUAUCACAUGAUAUUCUUACAAUGUCUGUAGCACCAAAUGAUGCUCAUCAGAACCAGAUUCAGUUUGCUCUGGAGCGAGGAAUCCCUGCGUAUCUCGGUGUUUUGGGGACAAAGAGGCUUCCUUAUCCAAGUCGAUCUUUUGAACUUGCACAUUGUUCUCGUUGCAGGAUCGAUUGGCUUCAAAGGAAUGGGAUCCUUCUUCUAGAGCUAGACAGGAUUCUGAGGCCUGGAGGCUACUUUGCCUUUUCAUCCCCUGAAGCAUAUGCACAAGAUGAUGAAGAUUUGAGAAUUUUUCGAGCAAUGAGUUCCGUCGCCAAACGGAUGUGUUGGAAGAUAGCGGUUAAAAGGGAGCAAACUGUUAUUUGGGUUAAACCAUUGACAAAUGACUGUUAUAUUCAAAGAGAGUCUGGUACUCUACCUCCGAUGUGCCGAUCUGAUGACGAUCCUGAUGCUGCCUGGGGCGUUCCAAUGGAAGCUUGUAUCAGUCCUUACACUAAUCAAGUUCAUAGAGCAAAAGGGAGCGGCUUGGUUCCUUGGCCUGCACGUUUGACAACACCUCCACCCCGUCUUUCCGAGUUAGGAUACUCCGAUGAUAUGUUCGUAAAGGACACGGAACUUUGGCAACAAAGAGUAGAACACUAUUGGACUAUUUUCGGUCCGCAUCUCAAGCCCGACACAUUUCGAAACGUAAUGGACAUGAAAGCAAAUCUAGGUUCAUUCGCAGCUGCUCUGAAUAACAAAGACGUUUGGGUUAUGAAUGUAGUGCCUGAAGAUGGGCCCAACACGCUCAAGAUAGUAUAUGACAGAGGACUACUAGGAACCCUGCAUAACUGGUGCGAAAGCUACUCAACGUAUCCUAGAACAUACGAUCUGAUUCAUGCUUGGACAUUGUUCUCCGAUAUCGAAAAGAAAGGGUGUAGCAUAGUGGAUUUGUUGCUGGAGGUGGACCGUAUCUUGAGGCCGAAAGGUUACUUCAUUUACAACGAUAAACGGUCGAUAGCGGAGGUGAUAAAUAAAUAUUUAGGAGCAUUACAUUGGGAAGCAGUGGCAAUGGUGGACUCCCAGCUGGUUGAGCAAGAUGAGGACGAUGUAGUGUUCAUAAUUCAGAAGAAAAUGUGGCUCACAAGUGAAAGCCUUAAGGAAUCGGAAUAAACACUGAUU